AUGGGCAAGCACAGCAGCAAGCUGGCCCCGGAGGUGCUGGAUGACCUGGUGAGGAGCACAGAGUUCAGCGAGCAGGAGCUGAAGCAGUGGUACAAGGGCUUCCUGAAGGACUGUCCCACUGGCAUCCUCAACCUGGAGGAGUUCCAGCAGCUCUACAUCAAGUUUUUUCCCUACGGAGAUGCCUCCAAGUUUGCCCAGCACGCUUUCCGCACCUUUGACAAGAACGGCGAUGGGACCAUCGAUUUCCGGGAGUUCAUCUGUGCCCUGUCUGUCACCUCCAGGGGGACCUUUGAGCAGAAACUCAACUGGGCCUUUGAGAUGUACGACCUGGACGGGGACGGGAUGAUCACACGCCUGGAGAUGCUGGAGAUCAUUGAGGCCAUUUACAAGAUGGUGGGGACUGUGAUCAUGAUGCGGAUGAACCAAGACGGGCUGACGCCCCAGCAGCGCGUUGACAAGAUCUUCACUAAGAUGGACAAGGACAAGGAUGACCAGAUCUCCCUGGAGGAGUUCAAGGAGGCAGCAAAGAGCGACCCCUCCAUCGUCCUCCUCCUGCAGUGCGAUAUGCAGAAGUAGGGCCCUGAGGGCUCCUGGCUGGAUGGGCUGCAGCCACCCCUGCUGCCCGUGACAGUUUCCAUCCCCACUUUCUGCUGAGCGCCCUGUGCCUGCUUCGCCCCAGGUGUGACCCACGCUCUGUCCCUGGUGCCACCCCUCUGCCUCCGCUCCUGGCCACGUCGGUGGCCACGUCUCUCCCUCGAUGGGCAGAGCCUGCCC